AUGCCAGAAUUACGCCGAUCAGGAAGGACGAAAAGCAGGUCUGACAGGGCUACCUCUGAGGGGGGUGGUUUACAGGGCGUGGAUACCGAUGACCGUGUGGCCAUCGAUCAAUCUGACGCAGGUUCCGCGUCUAGCGGGGAAGAAUCGUUUAGUGAGGAGGCAGAUAACGUGGAGGAUGACGAUUAUGUGGAGUCCAGUACCUCCAAGAGGAAGAAGAGACAAGCAGCCUCUCAGAAAAAGAAGCCAACCUCCUCCAAGAAACCUAGGUCCAAGAACACGGGGAACACCAAAGGGAAACCACCGGCUUUGACCGUUACCGAAAAAGAACAGCACAUGUACUUAGAAUUGAUUCAAGACUUUCAACCCACGGAGCUUUUUGAAGUACUAUCGACUUCAGAGGACGUCUCUGUUGAUGAUCUCUUACGGGACUGGUUGGAGGAAUACAGCGAAAAUAGAGACACAAUUAUACAGCAGUUUAUUAACUUACUCCUCAACUGCUGCGGGUGUGUUGCCCAUUUGGAGGAGCACGAUGUCCAUAGCAAUGAAUCCUCAAAUGAAACGGUCUCUGAACUGCAGUUGGCCUUUCAAAACCAAAAGCUCCACGAAUUCUAUUUACUGAUGAGCAAGAACGGUAGAAAAAAUGCAACGUACAAACCUUUGUACAACAAUUUUGUCGAGUUCAUGUCUAAAUUACUGGAUGUGGCAAGCGACUUGCAGUUACUAACCGCCGAAUUCGAUGAGGAUCAGAAUGAAACCGUUAUGGGGCCCUUUGUUCUAGAUCUUUUAACUUGGUUGUCUUCCUUUUCGGUAUCCAAAAUUAGAUGCUUCAGGUAUGUCUCGACAGUAACAUUAUACCUCUUCCAAGACUUUCUCUCCGAACAUGUUGUAGACUUGGAGAAGAAUUAUCUGGCCAAGUUCACCAAACAGCUAGGAUUGGAGGAGAAAAAGAAAAGACCCAAUAAAAAGACGUUGGAAGAACUGCAAAAAAACAUUGCAGAGGUUCAAGGAGACAAAGGUGUUGUUGAGAACAUAAUCGAUAACAUCGUGAAAUUGUGUUUUGUUCAUAGAUUCAAGGAUGUCGAUGAGUUUGUCAGAUCGGAAUCUGUUAUACAUCUGUCAGUAUGGAUCAGAAACUAUCCGGAAUACUUCAUGAAGGUGACGUUUUUGAAGUAUUUCGGGUGGUUGCUGAGCGACUCUUCCAAGGUUGUUAGAUCCCAGGUCCUAAAGGUGCUACCUCAUAUUAUAACAUCUAGUCAAUUGGCAAAAUUCGAUAAUUCGGCAACGAGACAAUUCUUUGAAAGGUUUAAGCAAAGAAUUUUGGAGAUUGCCUUGAAUGAUGUUGAUUUGGAAGUAAGAUUGCACGCGACUCAUGUUUUGGUGGAGGUGGUCAAGAUGGGCUACCUGGAAGAUGCAGAGACUCUUGCAAUUUCGAGUUUGAUAUAUGACGAUAGCGACAUAAAGGUUUCGUCGCAUAGUAAAAAUUCUAGAUUCUUAGCUGCAGUUGCUAAGUUUUUUUCCCAGGUGAUCAAGGAAACUUCAAAAGAAUUUAUGAAGUCAAACAAUGAAAUAGAUGAGAAUAUGUCACCAUUAAAGACAUCUAACGUUGUAAAAAUAGGGAUUAUUGUGAGGUUUUUGAGCAAUUCGCUAUUGUACUAUUUGCAAGAUACAAAGGAAAUAAAUUCAGAAGCUAAAGUUCGCCUUUUGUUUCAGGCUUCUGAAUUCCUGUCGACUUAUUUUGGUCAAGAAAUAAGCAACAUUUGCAUGCUACUCACUGAUGACGACAAGUUUGAGAAUAUUUUCAAGCAUUUAACGGCUAUAUCUAAGGAAACUGAAGAAAAGAACAAUGCUGAUGAUGAAGAGGAUCCGGAAGAAACAAUAAACAUAACACCAUUAUUACCAACAGACAAUAACAACGUCAUAUUAUACGUUACGGUGUUGAGUGGUCUAUGUCACGGUGCAAUGUCUUUGAAAAAUCAGCAGAGUCAGAAAUGUGGAGACUCAAUCCUUCCUCAUUUUUUGAAGUUGCUAAAGAACUUGCCUAUCCAGUCUAUGGAUAUUUUCUGCCCUCUCCUGGACAUCUUUGGCUUAUUUGCAUUUGAAGACUGGAUUCGAUCAGGACAUGAGAAAGACGUUAAAGAGGUUGUAAAGAUCAUUGAUCAAGCCUUUUUGGAAACUAAUUUGGCAUCGACAGAUUUUUCCGACUCCAAGUUUAAAAGCUUUUCAAAUGUCCUACAGCAUAUCAAAGGAUUCAAUAUAAAUGACUUUGAUGAAAUAUGGAUCAACGAGGUAUCGCAUCUUGAAGUUCACAUGGGUAAAUUUUUAGAGGAGUCAGAGAAACCACAAAAUAAGUUGGAGUUCAACGAAUUUGUCAACACCGUGUUCUCUGUUUACCUCAAUAAGCUUGUUUUAUUGGGUAAAGAAUAUAUCAUCGAAUUCAGCCAAGAGUUGCUGGUAUUAUUCUUCAAACAAUUCUUUUCCACUUUUGCUGAAAAUUAUGCGGAUUUAAACGAAGAAAUCUUAGAAGAGAUAAACUUCAAACUUCCUAUUCUGCUAGUUACCUGGAAGCUACAGAAAUGGGCAGAUCUUUUGAGAAUAUCUAGUGAUAACUCCAUUGAUUCUGGGUCUUCGUCACCAGAUAACACAUUUUCGCAUUCCGCGGUCAAGACACUAAAGUAUAUUGGGGUUAUUUAUGACCAAUUGUCACAAUUUCUGAUUUCAUUGGAAAGCUCAAAAACUGAAAUCAACAAAACUGUUUUUCUCCUAAAAUGGCAACUCUCGUCUGCUCUCAUUGAUAUUAUUGUAGCAUUAAAAUGUUUUGAAUUACAACUGCCUGAAAACGAGACAAAUUGGAAAGCAUCUAUCACUGAAAGAUUUCCCUACUACGUAUCAGAGGAAGUUGCAGCUUCCUUUCUAGACGUUUUCUUGUGUCUAGAGAGUCUCUACGCAAAAAGUACUAAUGUUGAGCUGGACAGGGCAUCUGAAGAAGACGUCAACUUAAAUGACUUAACCGAGACAUUGUUAGUACAUGAUCCUGAAAGAGAGUUGCUGCUGUACACCAUUAAAAUGAAAGGACUGAUAAGGUUAGAAUUUUUGAACUCUGAUGUUGUGGAAAGGCUGAAACUCAAUAAAGAAAGAUUAGAUCCUUUAUUUGCAGCGAUAAUUGAUGGCACUAUUUUUGAAAGUGGUCCUUCAGGGGCAGCAGAUAUCGAAAAGAAAAGAGGAGACCUGAACAAGUUACAUGAUCCUCCCGUCAUACGUCGCAGUGACUCCAAUGAGACCGACUCGAUCGUGCAUGGUACUUUCGAAAUCAGGGAUGGUACGGAUCCGUCGGACAAUAGUUCGUUACCUAGUGUGACGGAUUUUAAGUCACACCCCUCAGGUGACAAUGAGGAAUUGGGGGUUAUACAAGAAAACUCGCAUGAAUUAUCCUCUAACCCGGUGGAUAAUGAGCAGAGCAGUGACUUAUGA